AUGGCGGAUAGCGGCCCCGCGGGGGGCGUGGCGUUGGCUGCCCCGGCCCCCGGACCGGGUAGUGGCAGCACAGGGCCCCGAGUCUACUUCCAGAGUCCCCCUGGGGCCGCAGGUGAAGGCCCGGGGGGCACGGAUGAUGAUGGCCCGCUCACUCGACUCUACUACUGCCAGGAGGAGGAGAUCCCAGAGCUCGAAAUCGAUGUGGAUGAACUCUUGGACAUGGAAAGUGAUGAUACUCGGGCUGCUAGAGUCAAGGAGCUGCUAGUUAACUGCUACAAACCCACUGAGGCCUUCAUCUCUGGCCUGCUGGAUAAGAUCCGGGGCAUGCAGAAGCUGAGCACACCCCAGAAGAAGUAA